AUGACCAGAUCUACCUCAGACUCGUCCAAGUCGUCCAAGCGCAAGGGUGAGUAUCCUCACGUUGGGUCGACAGUAAGGCCACCGACAUUGACUGGAUCGUUCCCAGGCACCAGGAGCGUUUCUACCUUGACCCCCGCCCAGCUGGCUCGCAAGAGAGCGAACGACCGCGAGGCCCAGCGUGCCAUCCGGGCACGUACCAAGGAGCACAUCGAGAACCUUGAGCGCGAGCUCGAAGAGCUCCGAAGCACGCAGAACCGGGAUGAGACCGUACAAGACUUGCUCAGGAAGAACAGAGCCCUCGAGGAGGAACUCCACAGAUUACGGGAGAACAUGGGAAUCGCUGCAGGCGGUCCCCGCGGCUUUUACCCACCUUCCUACCAGAGUCCCACCCCGCGGCACACUGCCCCAGGCCCAGCUUCAGACUACCCCGGCGUAGACAUGAACGCCUACGACAGCAUGCACAACUCAUCUGACGGAUGGCCGUCCGUUGUGCCGGGCACCAUUCCCUCAACUGUCUCGAGCCCAUCCUCGUCGGGAGCCACUGACGACAUCGGAAGCACAUACUUCCCUACCAGCGCCCCGUCGAUAUUGGACAGACCGGGCCUCUCGUCAGCCAUGAACUCUCCCACAGUCUCAUGCAUCAGCGGCAAGACGGGGUUCGACGACAUCAAGCCAGAGGUUAGACAUCGGGUGCCCGCAACUCAGCAUCCUCUCAGUUCCUCAAGCCUACCAGCAACCUCCGCCAUGGAACAUGUACCCCAUGUACUACCAGGCGUCUCCAACUCUAUGAAUAACUUCGGAGGCGCAGCAUACUGGGAAACACCCGGCCUGAUCACGCCGCCAUUGGACCACAGCGAAACGUUGCUGGCGGGCUACAUCCAUGAUUGUCGCCGCCUGGUGACUAUGGCCGGUGUCAGUCCGCACCCCGAGGUUAUCUUCGGACCCGCCUGUCCCAACAUUAGGCGCCUUAUCGAGACACAUUGGAACCUCGCUUCCAUUGUACAGCAGACGCCUCUACCGGCAUCACCACCACCACAUCCAUUGGUCGAGCUUGCAUCGACCAUAUUCGACAACGAAAACUUGGCCAUGACACUGGAACGCCUUGGGACUUUUGUUCUCUUCCAGCGUAUCCUCGCAUGGCUGAUUCAACCAACACAAGACACUUACAACGCGCUCGGCGACUAUUUUAUACCUCGCCCAAGUCAGCGCACUACCCCGCAUAGUCAAUGGGUAGACCUUCUACUUUGGGGACAACUGCGCGACAGUGUUAUUCAGCGACAGGAAGUUUACGCAAACGCGGAAUUCCGACAGCUGUAUGCCACUAGUCUUCGCGUUCUCAAUUGGUCUGGCGGACCAUCCCAGGCUUUGGUCCCCGACCAUUCUUCCGGGUCAAUUUAUCUGACCAAUUCGUUUAUCAAUCAUGUACUCAACAUUGGGAACUGGGCGCUGGAGGAGAGAUUCUUUCGGCGUUAUCCCGAGCUGAGCGGCAUGGUGCCUAUGGUUAGGCAGGGUUUUUGA